AUGUGCGCCACGCAGGUCCACAGCGUCCCUGGAAGAGAUCACCGCCGCCCAUCUGAGAUCAGAGCUCGCCAGAGAUGGAGAGGAAGGCCGGCCGCCGCCGCCGGCGGAGGAGGAGGGGGGAAGGGGAGGGCUCACCUGUUCUUUACCGAAAGGGAUUACCAACUUUAA